AUGCCGAAAGUAGUAUUUACAAAGUAUCAAAAGCCGAGGAGCACCAUCGACCCGCUGAAGCAUGCGGCCAAGUUAAAAGAGAUUGAGGAGCACAUUGCAGCGGAUGCGGCGGCUGCGGCAUUGGCAGCUCAAGAAGAGGAACAGUUUGAAGAGGAGGAAGAAAUGUGCGAAUCGGAAUUUAGUUUGUCCGAAGGCGAGCCCGCUUUCGGAAUCGGAAAGAUUGAUUUGUCAUUUCCGGAAACAGUUGCCGAAUUCGAGAACAGUCCACAGUGCUAUCCACCCUCAUAUUAUACGCUUUCACCCAAAGAGCGUUUAAUAUUGCUCUACGGGGAGAAUUUUCGCAAGCAGUUUGUGGUGCGGUAUCCAAAGCGAAGGGCAUUAGUGCUGGCGCCUCAAAAUGAAUGCAAUGUGCAGAAAUUUGUGUGCACUACUAUAAGACCUACGGCCUUUAUAUAUACCGAUCUGAUAUCGAGCAUAGAGAACAUUGCAAAGUUCGUUGCCGAUUUCAUACAAUACGAGCCGUUGGAGGACGAAUUCAACUUACCCACCCGAUUGAUAUCGCCAGAUACAUUGCUGCGGAAACGUCAUGGCAACUCGUUCGAAAUGGCCACACUAUUGUGUAGUAUGCUGAUCGGUGCUGGACAUCCGGCUAUGGUAGUAUCUGGGGUGGCGCGCGAGGAAACGGUGCUCAACGAUCAACAAACUGUGCCCUACCCUUAUGCCAUAGUCGAGGUGGAAGCCGAAGAGCCAGAGGUUAAGGUCGAGAAGGCCGGUGUUAAAUACAAACUGCGUCCCAUGCCCGAUCUGCACAGUCAUCUGGAUGAGCAAAUGGCUGAGGUAAUGCGACUAAAGACCGAAGAGGAGAACCGCCUUCAGGAGGAACUGAUACAGAAACAUCUAAAGGAGCUCGAACUACUCGCCGUUGAUCGAUAUCAUUACAGACGCUCCCACGCCUGGGUGGUGAUCAUUGACAAUGCACCCUGGAGCAUCAAACCGAGAAUCACGUACACCGAUGUUAAUGGCGAUGUGCAGGAAGCACCCCCAAAAGCCACAUUUAUAGAACCGUCGACAGGUUUUAUUUGUGAUACCAAUCAUAAGCAAUACAUAUUGGUGGACAGUGUUUGGAAUCAAUACAAUUAUUAUGUGAACAAACAAAAGUGUCAGCGGGUUGGUGAAAUGCGCUGGGAUUUGCGCGAACUUGAGGAUUGGGAGCAUUUAUUGCCGGGUGAGCCGCCAGAGAUGCGCGUCUAUAAACAAAGCUCCGACUCCAAUAUUCUCGACGAGGAGCACGAUGUCGAUGAUGAGAAGCAUUUGGACUUUUUGGUUAUGUGGGUGAACAGACUACAUAUUGGUCUGCGCGACUAUGAGCAACGUUUUCCCAAUCGGGAGAAGAAAAUCCAAUACAAAGGUGCCAUACACGAACGAUUCUCACCCUACAGCCAACGCGAUGGCAAAGUAGCCCAGCUAACAAUCUUUAAUGAUGAUGCCUGCACGAAUCCCAAGGUUCGCUACGAAUACUAUGAGAAUCGUGCUGAUCGCAUGCGUCAUGUUAAAUAUAUCUAUGAGACGGAUAUGUAUAAGGAGAUUUUCGGGAAGGGUCGCAAUGACUGCUUAAAGUCCAUUGAAUAUUCUGGAGCUGCGCAACAGCGUAAAAAGAUGAACUUCUUUUCGGCAUCAAGGUUAGAUGCACUGGACUCCCUGGAAAUAAAUCCAGAAACAGGGCUUCACACGCUCUUUUAUAAGGGUCGUAGUGAUAGUUGCUGGUUCAAGGAGUUUGAGCUCAAUGUUCCGAGUGAUAAAUUGAAAAGAAUUGUUGAAAAGUUUCGCCCAAACACCGUUCUUGAUGUGGGCAACAACGAGAUUGCUAUCCGCACAUUUCUAUUCAAUAGUUUCAAAAUAAUUCUACAAUUUCAUUACAACGCUGGAGCUCUGACGGCUUCCACUGUUGAGUUCCAAAUACCGCCACGACCCGAUUAUGGCAAAGAGUUAGAGUACGAUGAGAAAAUGACAAAAGUCUACAAAGCGAAUCCCCUCGAUCCAACACGCUCCAAUCUGGAAUUGUAUAAAUUGUUGCUCCAACAGCUGGAACACAUGGAACGCGUUAAGAAGCAAUUCGAUAAAAUUCAGUCCGAUAUAUAUAAUCUGUGCGAGCUGCGCAAAACGGAGAAGAAAGAGCCCAAGCUGAAGUUCUCCAUAUUCGAUCCGUUGCGCAACGGAGCAGCACGCGCCAUUCGCAUGAAACAGCACGAGGAGGAAGAGGAACACAGGCGUGAAAUCGCAGGCAAGCCGGCGGACUUCUUAGCCCCAUAUCUAGUACCAUUUGGCAAUCAAGAACUGACUUUCGAGCAGUCGGCAUAUGUGUAUAAUGCAUGUCUCAACGACAUGAAGAUACGCUUCGUCAAUUUGUUAAAUAACUUGCAGAGACAGUAUGAGGAUUUGACCAGCGAAUCCAAAUCCCUGAAACGUUUCCUAACCAAAUUCGAGAAUCAAUUCGAUACCUACGACUACAGACGUCUGGUGCAGCAAGCUAAGGAUAUAGAGCUAAACAAGCGGAUGGUACAGCAACGUCUAACCUUAACCCAUGAGGAGUCGCAGAAGAAGUAUGAAAACGUCAAAGCGUCAUUGCUUAAAGAUCCGCGCUUAAAUCUGCCACAAGAUCCCGAUCAGAGCCUCAGUGAAAACAAAUAAUAAAUUUAUCUAAUACAAUGAAAAUAGCUUAUGUAGUGUAUGAAGGUAUAAAAUUAAUG